AUGGCGGGGGAGUCUCGCAUCCCCCUGACCCUGCAGCGCUCCUGGCUGAAGGCCGAGGAGAAGAUACUGGAUUUUGAGUUUGAGGUGGUCAGUGCCCAGUUUAACCGUCAGGGCCGCUAUGCCCUGCGGCUGACAGUGGAGAACCCGCUGCUGCAAGGCUCCAGCACCGGCAUCCAGCUCCGCAUCGGCAGUGGGGAUGUCAUCCACAGCAGCACUGGCACCACCGACACCAUCAAGCAAAGCGACCUCAGCCAGAUCUACUCCUUCCAGAGGAGGAAAUUCACCUUCACUCUGCCCAAAGGUUUCUGCAAGAACGACAAGAACCAUGAUGUGAGGCUCCGCAUCGAGGCUCUGCAUUUCCCCCGCAAGGCAGAGAGGAUGAGGAGAAGCAGGCCGGUGGGCGAAGCCUUCUUUGCCAUCUACCCCCGCACCAACCAGCCCCGGAUAAAGCUCUCCGCCACGAGGGACGAGGACUGGUACAACUACAGCGCCGUGCUGGCUCUGCUGCGGGUGGGCAGCGAGCAGCCGGCCAUGCACUGUGGCAGGCUGGCCUUCACCGUAGCCCUGCAUGAGCACCGGCCCCCCGCCGCGCUGCCCGCGCCUCCGCCGCUCUCGCCCGGCACCCAGGAGGAGCAGCAGCCAGCAGCAGGCAUAGCCCCAGCAUCCGCAUCCCUGCACAGCCCUGUCCGCAGCCGUACACCUGAGUCCGCUUACCACUCGCUGCCCACCGAGGGCCAUCACCCUUCUCUCAAGAGGCCUCAGACUGACCCUGAGCUCAGUUCUUCCCUGGAGUUCCCGAGUGAUUCAGCAGAUGAACAUCCUUCCUCCUCCUCCUCCUCCUCCUCCUCUUCCUCAGUGCCUGUCCUAAGGCGAGGGCUGAGCUGCAGCAGCUUCCAGUUCUCCUUGCCAGGCUACAGCCCAGAACUGGCCUCCUCUCCUGAACUGGGAGUGCCCUGUGUCCUCCAGCUGGGCUGA